UUUACAUUUAGGAAUUUGUUUAGGUCACCGUGACCUAUGGCUAUUGGCGUGCUCGCUCUCCAGGGCUCCUUCCACGAACACGUUCUAGCGCUGCGGAGAUUGGGCGUGCAUGCGAUCGAAGUGAGAAAGGCGGAUCAGCUGGACGGGCUCGCGGGGCUGAUAAUUCCCGGCGGCGAGAGCACCACAAUGGCCAAGCUCGCCAAUCAAUACAAUCUCUUUCCAGCGCUUAAGGAUUUCUCGACGUCUGGAAAGCCGAUGUGGGGGACUUGCGCUGGACUUAUUUUUCUAGCAGACCGAGCUACCGGGCUAAAGGAUGGAGGACAAGAGCUUCUGGGCGGAUUAGACUGUACAGUUCAUAGGAAUUUCUUUGGAAGCCAGGUGAAUAGUUUUGAGACGGAGCUCGCUGUUCCGGCUCUGGCGGCGAGCGAAGGCGGUCCUCCAAGGUGCCGUGCAGUUUUUAUUCGUGCUCCUGCCAUCGUUGAGUUUGGAUCUUCCGUAGAACAGAUAGCGGACUGUGAAGUGCCGUCUUUCAGCGCUCCACCUUCGCUCGAGGGAGAAAUGUUUACGAGAAGAAGGGUCGCGGUCGCGGUGAGACAAGGAAACUUUUUAGGCACUGCGUUUCAUCCGGAGCUAACAUCGGAUACUCGAUGGCAUAGCUACUUCGUGAAGAUGGUUCAAGCAUUUGAAGAAGUUGCAGCCAGUUCAGCGCUAGUCCCGCAGAAGUUUUGCUGCCGGAACGAUUCGUUCGAGGAGAUGAAGGAUCUCCCCAUCUUUGAAGGCUUGGUGCAAGAAAAAAUUCUCUAGUAAGUCCAGGCAAUACAUUCUUUCGGAAACUCGAUGCAUGAGUUUCCAAAGUUUCCAUGAGCUUCUUCUUCUCGGCAUCAAGUACGUGGAACUUCGGGUGGAAGUGGCGAGCCGCUCGUGGUGGUGCUCGCAUAAGGUGGCUGUCUCUCUGUCCCUAAAGCAGCAGCACGAUCCAGCCAAAGACGAAGAUAGCUUGCAAAUCUCAAAGGAAUCUUUAGAAAAAAGCCGAUAUUUCGAGAC